UUUGAACCAAGCAACGUGUUACAUAUAUAGUACACAUAUAAACGUACACAACCGCACUGACGCAAAGGUGUACACAUCGCUUCAUAUCCCUUUCGUCUUGUCAAGAUAUGAGAAGGUCUUUGGAGUGAAGUGCAGAGGAAUUUUUUAAAAGGAAACAUGAAGCCGAGAAGCACCGUGAGCGCUGUGGUGGCUGCAGCGUGUCUCCUGUCUGUGGUUUCUGCCGGCCGCAUCGAGCCCAGAUCUUUAAUAUCUAGUUUGUUCAAGACGCGGCUGGGAGACCUAUACAAACUAAGGGAGUCUUUGCAAGGAGGUGUCCAGGAUACGACAACAACCACAACAACUACAACAACGACAACGACCACAACGCCGAGGCCCCCGUCGAGUGCGCGAUGGUCCCACACCGACCUGGACUCCGACGACGUGUACAGGGGCCUGGCGGACCUCUUCAGCCAAAAGGAAGUGGCCAAGCAGGACAUCCACGUGUCUAACGGGUACGACGUCCGGAAACAGAAUCUGCCGAAGCCCAACGCUUACGCCUUUUCCGAAAUGGAUAUGUGGCAGCCGAAACACGCCCCGUCGGAGGGCGUGGGCGGCGAGGACACGCGGGCGGGACUGGGAGGGAGGACGAACGGUAUCGCCGAGGAAGCCUUUGGGGAUCCGGGGAACGCUACGUCGGGAGCGGAAGGCCGGGAGGACGUCCCUCAGGAGUACUGGACGAGGAUCAAGAGCAUCGUGGGGAACAUGAAGUCGAUCCUGGAGCAGAUGUACCCCCCGGGGAGCGACGAGGAGGAGCUGCCGUUCCAGGUGAUCGACAAAGUGGUCAAGUUCGGGGACAAAGUGAACUUCCUGAACCGCCUCCGGGAGACGUUCGACCACGAGCUCCUCAGCUUCCUCGGGCACAAGUGGGACGACAUCAAGGACAACGUGAUCAACAGCAGCCCCGUCCUGAAGACCGUGCUGUCCCUCGACACGCGCGAGAUGACGGGGAACCUCCUGAUGGGCCUCGUGAAGCAGGUGGGCCACCUCCUGCACCAGCAGGCCUUCACGCACUUGUCGGAGCUCGACUUCGUCACGGAGCUCAUGAGGACGUCGGGCUUCAAGGACUUCGAGAUCUACCAGGUGUUCGAGCUCCUCGACCUGCCCACGGACACGGUGGAGUCCGAGGCUAACCUGCAGGCGGAGUCCAGACAGCUGGGCUACAGCGGCUUCGGCGUCGAGAAAUCCGGAGGCUACGGGCACUCGGGAGGAGGCUACGGCGGCGGCGGAGGCUACGGAGGGGGCUACAUGCAGAGCUUCGACCCCUUCGUCCUCCUGGCGGGUCUGGCCUUCGCCACCUUCCUGGCCUACCUCAUCUACCGGCUCCUCUCCAGCACCACCGGCAGGAGGCGAGAGGUGCCCGACGUGUCCCUGGCCCUCGACCUGUCCGAUCUGCCGGACGUCGUGGGCAACAUCUACACGUGGCUGGAGAAGACGGAGGCGCUGUAUGGAGGAGACGUCGAAGAGGACAUCAUAGACGAGACGGAGAGCUUCGGGAAGGCCGUGAACCAGCUGUGGUCCAGCUUCCAGGCCGACAGACUCUCCCGGUCGUGUGUGAAGCGGUACCUCUGCGACUACACUUACCGGACCAACCACGACCUCAUGGGCUAUGGCUCGACACUCGAAACGCUGGCGCUGACGAGUCUGUCCCAUCUAUUCGGCGACGAAGACAGCGCUCGCAUGAUGGACAAACUUCAGGCACAACUCAUGGACGGCGAGGAUGUCUCAUGCAUGGCACUGGCACCCAGCUGUGAUGACGUCACGUACCAGCUGGCGAGAGGGAACGAGACAAGAAGUACGACCUCUGCCUCGACGCCCACGAGUACCAUCCUGUCCACGGAGAGGAACUCAAUUCGAGAUCCUAAGUAAUCUCUAAGGCGGUUCAUGGGAUGUUUUGUGUCUGUCUUUGGGGGUGAGGGGGAGCCCCGUGUGUGUUUUUUGUUUCACGUACAGACUUACUUAUGUGAAGGAAUACGUUUUAUGCAGACAAGUACACACACAUAACACACACACACACACACACACACACACACACACACACACACACACACACACACACAUACACAACACAUACAUGUGUGUGUGUGUGGACAUACGUACGCACACAGUACCUGCAAAAUCCCUCAAUACAUGGUACAGACACGCACCUUAAUAUUCACAUAUUUCCAUACUAAUAUUUAUAAAUUAGCUAUCAUUUUGAUGGCGUUGUUAAAAAGAUGCAGCUGGUUCUGUGAUUUAGAAUAUAGACUUUAGUAACUAAAACUAUUUAUUUGAUAUUUAUUUAUUCUCAUCUUAAAGCUGUGAUGCAAAGGGGAAUGGACUGCACCAAUUACUAGACAUCUGUCUAUCUAGGGCUCGCUCUGUGAUAGGUGUAAAUUCGAUUGAUUAUUCCGCAUAUCAGAAAUCAGAAAUUCCGUCAUUUAUAUACUAUAUGUAUUUCGUCUAGUAAUGAUCUAAUAAAAUAGAUUUUCUUGUAGUAUAUCUUUUUUUCGGUAUAUGUUCCUAUAGUCUUCGUUUAUUUUUGUAUUAGAAAGUUAUUUAUUUUCAAUUAUAUCCAUAUAUUUAGAUUACAUCUUUCCCGUAAGUUCCUGUAUUUUUCCUGCACUCAUAUCACAUUUUAAUAAUGCUUCUAUAAACCUUAUUUUAUUUUUAUUCUUUUAUUAAUUAUUUAUCAUUUUUAUUCAUAACUGAUAGUAUAUAUUAUUAUAUAGUUAUAUAUUGUUAUUAUUAUUCAUCUUUUUUGCACAUUCCUGCGCUACCGACAUAUAUGAACACAAUGCAUACACUUUUUUAUCAUUAUCUUCACUACAUACCGUUUCAUACUUGCAAAAUCUACAUAUCUGAGUAAAAAGAAAAAAAACUAUACACAUCAUUCACCAUUCUCUCUCAUUUUAUCUUUUCGAAGCAUCUUCUCCGUGCAAAGUCCACAUUCCUCUCGGCAUUACAGCAUACUUGGGCAUUUUCUUAAGCAUUACUCUACAAAGACUUUACAAUAUGGUGUCUGAAUGCCAUUCCUACGUGAGAUGGUUUCUGGCUUCUGAGAUAUCUGUUGCAAUACCUGUCAUUGUGCAAGGUGAAGAGUAGCCAGUCAUUGUAGUAGCACUGUAAUUCUUUCCUUUUUUUAUAAUAAAUAUGUU